AUGUCAAGCAGCAGCAGCAGCAGUGACCAUGCUACGAGCGACCCCGUCGAUCGCAUCAACCGCGCGAUCGAGCGUCUGGACUGGACGAGUCUUGGUGCCGUCCUUGAGAUGCCUGGGAACCCGGGGUAUCGCCUUUGCGCCGCGACCGAGGCCGACUUCGAGACGUACGUGGCGGCAUCCGAGUUCCAGGAGCUCCGUUCGCGCUACUUGAUUUUGAACGACGGCUUCCUUUUCAUCGUCGAAAUGCCAUCUGGGCUCCACGUCUUGCUCGCCGGCGCCGUGGCCGACCGGUACAGGGACAACGCAUCUCGGAUCCCGUGGCAGUACCUCUGGGUCGUCGGCGACACCAAGGUCUCCAAGUUUGGCGGUUCGAUGGCCGACUACAAGAAGGCCAUUUUGAAAAAUUAG